AUGCCGCUCUUCAGCGCCAACCCCUUCGAGCAGGAUGUUGAAAAGGCAACAAAUGAAUACAAUACUGCAGAAGACUGGGGCCUCAUUAUGGAUCUCUGUGAUAAAAUUGUGAAUACACCUAAUGGAGCUAAAGAAGGCCUUAAAGCUAUAAUGAAAAGAGUGAAUCACAAAGUCCCACACGUAGCUUUACAAGCCCUGACUCUAUUAGGAGCCUGCGUAUCCAACUGCGGAAAAGCCUUUCAUCUAGAAAUAUGUUCCAGAGACUUCUCAAGUGAAGUGCGAGGAGUUAUAAAUAAGGCACAUCCAAAAGUAGCAGAGAAACUAAAAGCUUUGAUGGUGGAAUGGGCCGAAGAAUUCCAGAAAGAUCCCCAGUUCAGCCUGAUAUCGGCCACCAUUAAAUCUCUGAAGGAAGAAGGCGUGACUUUCCCAACUUCUGGCUCUCAGAGCACGUCAAAUACACCUAAAAACGGGACAGCAACCAGCAAAAAUAAAGAAGAUGAAGAUAUUGCUAAGGCAAUUGAAUUAUCUUUACAAGAGCAAAAGCAGCAACCAUCAGAUACCAAAUCUUUAUACCCAUCAGUGGAAGUGCCGCAUGACAGUCAGCGCAUGCCCAGAAAAGUGCGGGCUCUUUAUGAUUUUGAAGCCGUGGAGGACAAUGAGCUGACGUUUAAAAGUGGAGAAGUCAUUUUUGUGCUGGAUGAUAGUGAUGCCAACUGGUGGAAGGGAGAGAACCACAGAGGUGUAGGCUUGUUCCCAUCCAAUUUUGUUUCCUCCACUCUAAAUGCUGAGCCUGAAGCAGUUGCUGAAAAUUCUGCUGCUUAUGAUGAACCUCCAGAAACUGUGACAAAGUCAGAACCUGAACCAGUGUACAUAGACGAAAAUAAAAUGGACCAGACAUUACACUUACUUCAGAGCAUCGAUCCAACUGACCCCAAGCCAGAUUCUGUCACGCUUCUCGAUUUGGAAGAUGUCUGCCAACAAAUGGGUCCAAUGAUCGAUGAGAAAUUGCAAGAGAUUGACAGGAAGCACUCGGAACUCUCUGAACUUAAUGUGAAGGUCCUGGAGGCACUAGAACUCUACAACAAACUAGUGAAUGAAGGCCCCAUUAUACAAUGUAUACAGCAAGCCCCCUCCACAAGCGCAUUAUAACCCGCCAUCAUUAGGGGUUUCUCUGCAGGGCUAUGCUGGUCAGGCUCAGGGAGCUAGUUAUAUGGUGCAUGGUAUACCCCAGGUACACCCGCCUAACCUUUCACAAGCUUAUAGCAUGAACCCUGACCAGAUCGGACCCCUUAGAUCUCUGCCACCGAAUAUCAACUCUACUGUGACCACUCAAGCAGCUCAAGCACCCUACUUGAGCACUGGUCAUGAAGCAAGCUCAAACCCGCCAUACCUAAACCAGACCACAGCUCCCAGAGCAGCAAACUACAGUCAGCCAAUGGGAAUGUCCGCUGAUAUGGCAGCAUAUCAAAACACUACUGCUUUGCCUCCAGCAUCUGCGUACGCAGCAGCUGCCCCUUUACACUCGAUCCCCCAACAGCCCCCAAAUUACUACCAGCAGCCUCUACUCUGA